AUGGCGUAUAACAUAGAAAGUGUUACAUACAUGUUCCAAUAUAUCAUCCAUGAUCUUGGAUACAUAAGCAUAGUGAUCAUUGGCCAGUACCAGUCUAAGAAUGCAUUGACGUUGAUAGAGCGUAUUGACAAAGUGGACGAAAUUUUCAAGGAACUAGGAAUUGAAAUCGAGUAUCGCAGUUUGUUUCGUCACAUGAUGAUCGUCGGAUCAUUCUGGUUAUUAAAUGCGGUCAUAAUAUUUGCACUUUUCACAAAGAUGUUAAUACAUCACUCCGCACUGUAUACCACAACAUUACUUAUAUUUAUUUACUGCUACAUUACGAACGCCCAAUCAAUCAUUUUAUACGACUACAACACUGCCGUAUAUUGGCUAGGAUCGCGAUUUAAAAAUAUAAACCAGCUCAUGAAAACGUCUAUCUUGAAGAAUUCUCAAGUAGAAACAGAGGAUUCCGAUACGGAAACCAUAUUCGAACCGAGUCAUAAUUUUCGAAACAGAUUUGAAUCGGACAAUUGGUUGCCCGAACGAACUGUAAAAGUUUUACAAGUAAAUUCCACUAACAACACUCGGAAGUUAAAACAAAGGUCACUGUCCGACGAUAAAAUUCGUUUGCUUCAACAAAUCAGAUUCGUGCAUCUGCAAGUGUGCAACGUAUCGAAGAUGGUGAACCAAAUAUUCAACGCCCAAAUAUUAAUAUACACAACCGUGAUACUGCUAAAUUGUAGUAUAUCCGUCUACUUCUUGUACAUGCAAUUCUCCAGACCACUUAAUCGCAUACAUUCAAUAGAAUUACUAAUCAUGUACGAGUUGAGCUGCGUGUUUGCUGCACUGAAAAUCCCUCUAAUGAGCUACGAUUGCGAAAAUACAAUGAGACAGGCUAACAAAACGAUAGGACUCCUCCACGCAUGUCCUGUGGACGAGGGAAACGCAGAAUUAAUAGAUGAGAUCCUCCAAUUUUCAUGGCAAAUAUCGUACACGCAACUUGAAAAAACAAAAUCGGUUCAUUAUAUAUUAAAUUAUGGAUCCGUUCGUUACUGUCUCAACUUCGUAAUAUCUUACUUGGUGAUGAUGAUACAAUGGAGCCAGUACUUGAUAAAGAACGAUCCAAUGAUAAUCACAAACAAAACUACCACCUUCCAAACGUUACAAGAGAACACGAGCAUAGUAGUAUAA